UCACAAACACACACGUUGCGAGAGGUUCUAUCACGCGACGGUAGCGGUUGUUUCUUCGUGACGUUUUAUUGCGUCUCGCGUUUCGGCGUGAUACUUUGCGUUAAACUUCCUGUUACGGAGUGCGCGACGUGUAUUGUCGUCGUUAAUUGCGAUAAUUUGCGUCGUUUCUGGCAGUAACGGCAGAACUCGUCGAAUGCAUGGCAACAUUCUCACGUCACAUACAGAAAUCGUACGCAAUUGCACUUUUGCUUGACCCGGAAUCGGACUAGCCCAUCGCCGGAUGACAGUACGGGAGACGAUAAUCGAGCCGGCACUGAUUUCAGCGUGCUUCUAAUCUAAUUUGCCAUCAUAUCGCGGAUUGGGAAACAUGUGCGGCAUAUUACAAUGGCUCGAUCAUGGCUAGGAUGUCUGUUCGGUGUUUUAGUGCCAACCGUGAUUUUUUACUUAUACCUCUUAUUAAACGUACCAUCCGCGGGAGUAAGCAAGUCGAACGUUGGAGGAAAAUGGCGAUCGUCACCGGUACAGAUAGAAAGACUGAAUUUACAGGUGGAAGAUCGUUCGGCCGAAGAAUCGCAAUUAAGAAACAAUUUCGAGGUGAAAUGCGACACGAUACAUGUGGCCAUGGUUUGCGCCGGAUACAAUUCAACCUUUGCCCUCGUAACCGUGGUGAAGUCCAUUCUGUUUUAUCGCACGAAUCCGUUGCAUUUUCAUUUGCUCGCGGACGAAAUUGCGAGGAGAACGCUCUCGACCUUGUUUCGAACGUGGGAUUUGCCGCAUGUGAACGUAACGUUUUACGAUGCGGAAGCGUGGGUGCCGAGAGUCUCGUGGAUACCGAACAAGCACUAUUCCGGGGUUUAUGGUCUCUUGAAGUUAAUACUACCGGACGUGAUGCGGGAGGACAAGGUUCUCGUACUGGACACGGACGUGACCGUCUUGAACGACGUGUACCAGCUCUGGAAGAUGUUUGAGAAGUUCUCGAACGGUCAGGCACUCGGAUUGGUUGAGAAUCAGAGCAACUGGUACGUGAAGGCCUUGUCGUACGGGCAGCGGCCGUGGCCGGCCCUGGGUCGGGGAUUUAACACCGGCGUCAUGCUGAUGCACCUGCGACGCCUGCGAGACGGUAAUUUUGCGAGCUCGUGGGAGAGCGUCACCAGGAACGUGCUAAAGCACAUACUGGAGACCAGCCUGGCCGAUCAGGACGUGAUAAACGCGAUGAUCCACGAAAAUCCGACUAUUGUACACAGAAUAGAAUGUACCUGGAAUAUUCAGCUGAGCGAUCACACGCUAAGCGACACGUGUUAUCGCGACUCCAAUCGCAUAAAUAUUCUACACUGGAACUCCCCGCGGAAGCAGGAUGUUCACAAUAAGCACGUUAAUGAGUUUCGAAAGCUGCACCGAGUCUUCCUCGAGAUGGACGGCAAUUUGUUGCGAAAACGUUUAUUCGGCUGUGACAGGCACGAGGGUGCACUUUCAUACAACGAGUCGAGUCCGUGUCGGGAAUUCGAGAAGGGCGCUACCAUUUUGUAUCGCACGCAUCCCUUUCUUCUGGAGUACGAAUACAACGUCAACUCGCCGACGGAUGUUGCUCUAGUCACUCAGUGUAGUGUAGAAAGGAUACCGCUACUAGAAGCGUUGUCAAAACAUUGGUCGGGAACCAUAAGCGUUGCGCUUUAUCUGACCGACGCGGAGGUACAAAACUUUCUGGAAUUCGUGAGAGGUUCUGCGGAUUUGCGAGCGAGAAGGAACAUUGCCUAUCACAUUGUGUACAAAGACGGGGAGCUUUAUCCUAUUAAUUACUUAAGAAAUACUGCGAUGUUGUACGUAUCGACGCCAUUUAUUUUCCAACUUGACGUUGAUUUUUUGCCCCAAUUCGGGUUGUAUGAAAACCUCAUGAGCUACAUACACCGACUGAAUAUUAAUGAAUCGGACAAAGUAGCUCUUAUCGUGCCAGCAUUUGAGACUGAGCGUUACAGGUUUAUGUUUCCCAUUAAAAAAGAGGAAUUGCUCAAAUUUCUCAAACGUGGCAUCUUGUAUACAUUUCGUUAUCAUGUUUGGACUCAAGGACACGCUGCGACAAAUUACAGUCUAUAUCGAAAUAGUACAGACCCUUAUGAAGUCUCAUGGGAGCCAGAUUUUGAACCUUAUAUAGUAGUUUCAAAAUCCGCUCCGCGAUAUGACACAAGGUUCGUCGGGUUUGGAUGGAACAAAGUUUCUUACAUGACCCAUUUAACGGCAUUAGGUUAUAAGUAUAUAGUUUUGCCAGACACUUUUAUUAUUCAUCGACCUCAUGCCCCUAGCUUGGAUAUAGGAAAAUUUAGAACAAAUUCCAUGUAUAGAAGAUGUCUUAAAAAAUUGAAAGAUGAAUUUGUUGAAGAAUUAGUAGCAAAAUAUGGCAAGACUGCACUGUCAAAACUAAAGAAAGACACCAAAGAAGAGAAAACUUAAGAACACUUAUGAAUAUAAUAUUUAUAAAAUGCAUAUAUUUUUGAAUAUUGUAAUUACAUUGUUAAAUGCAGAAGAUAAUAUGUAUUGUAUUUUUUAUUGAUUACGCGAAAAUAAGUAUUUCUGAAAAAAAUAUACCGUUUCAA